CCAACCUCCUCCAACCUUGAAUUAAAGGGAAGAAAGACGGACACAGAGUAUGAACUCCAGCAGCAGGCCGACCAGCUGGAGCUGCAGAAUUUUGGCUUUGUGGACUAUAUGGUCUACCAAAGUGUUGGCAUAUGGAUUAGGCCAGAUUUUAUUCGUUUGCCUUUGGACAAUGAACAACAAAGACAGACCUUGAAGAAGAUAGCCAAGCUGGGUCCUCAACUUUCUAAGUUGAAUUACAUUUAUUUAGAGAAAAUUAAGAAGAGGGGAACACGUAUUCAGUAUAGGAAUUACUGCAUCAAGAUGUUGAACCAGAUGAGAGGAAGCAAGCUGAUAUGGAUUGCAAUUCAAGGCGAUCAGACCGAUUUAGUCUAGAUUUACCAAACUUUAGCCUUUAUGCCAGGAGUGUGCUUAGACUUGUUCCAAUGAUGACAAGGUCAGUUGACAUAGAGGCCUUCAAAAUAUCGCACAAAGAGUUUGGAAGGAUCCUCAUGUCAUGAAACAACAUUCAGGAAUUGUGACUCAGACACUGACAAGUGAAUGUUGAUAAUUUUGAUUAUCUUGAUCAUGUAGGGAAUAGGAAAGAUACCCUCUCCUUGAUCGAGCAUCUCAGAUUAGAUCAUAACACAUUUAUUCAGCCUGAAGAAGACAAUGAAUACUUGGAUAGAUUGAUGGAGAAGAUGGCCGAGUCCAGACUGAACACUUGUUUACACACUGUAACAAUUAACCUUAAUUGAAGACCAGAUCCAGUAAUAAAGUUCUUGCCAAAGAAAGAGUACAAACUUGGGAACUUUAAUGUGGGUAUAAACUUAUUUCCCUUGGUAUCUUAAUACUUUUGCUUGACUGAUUUGACCACAACUCACUUGUCUCAACUUACACUUAUCCCUAAAUUACCAAAACUGGGGGCUUAAAACUCUUGAAUGCCAAAGCAAGCCUUGGCUGUUAUGAGAACAAUGGGUCUUAAGCCUGCUUAAGUCUCUACAUUUAUUUGGGGGAGGAAACUCCUUGGUUAGACUACACUUGGGAUUAAGUUAGAUAAUUUGAGGUAUAUUAUCCAGAGACUAUCCUGUUUACUGAGCAAGACUCCUCACAGUUUAAAUUGGAAGCCAAACUUCCACAAGAGUUAGGAUACAUCACCAAUGCAUUUACUGUGUCACUAGUGAAUGUUUGCUCGACUGAUACGAGACUAACCCCAUAUUUUCACAAUUUUAAU